AUGGCUUCCAACAUCCUCUUCCUUCCCUUCCGACGCUCGCACUCGGUCAACCUCAGCGAUGCCAUCAAGCAGUACAUCUCGUCCAAAUAUGACCAGCACCCGGACAUGUUCACCAAGGACAUCGAGACGUUCGAGAGGCUUCGCUCCGUCGCCACACAUGCUCAGGAAGCCCAUCCGAGCAACAUCCCCAAGCUGCAGCAAUACGCAGCGCAGCUGAUAUGGCUCAGCGGCAAGUUUCCCAUCGACAUUGGCGUCGAGUUCCCCUGGUAUCCUGCGCUGGGAUACAACACGAGCCGACCGACAUCGCGCAACAAUCUCCGGUUCGAACUCGCCAAUAUCAUGUUCAACCUCGCCGCCAUGUACUCGCAACUGGCAAUGUCGUCCAACCGAAGCACGCCAGACGGGUUGAAAGCGGCCGCCAACAACUUCUGUCUCGGCGCCGGCGUUUUGUCCCACCUGAGAAACAACAUCUUGCCCGAUCUUCGGACCGAACCUCCAGAGGAUAUGGAUCUCAUGACACUCGAGUGCUUGGAGAAGCUUCUGCUGGCUCAAGCCCAGGAGUGUUUCUGGCAGAAGGCGGUCAAAGAUGGGUUGAAAGAUGCCACGAUUGCAAAGUUAGCCGCACGCGUGUCGGAUCUCUAUAAUGAAGCGGGGGACGCAGGUAUACAAUCCGAUGCAAUCAGCAGCGAGUGGAUACAUCACAUGACAGCAAAGCACCAUCACUUUGCCGCCGCUGCCCAGUACCGUGCAGCUUGCGACUCCCUCGAGAAGCGCAAGUAUGGCGAAGAGGUUGCAAGACUACGCGACAGUCUCACAUGCGUCGACGAAGCCCUCAAAGAACAGCGAUACAUCAACAAAGCCGUGUUAGCUGACUUGAACGGCUUGAAGAAUCGCAUAACCGAAGACCUAAAGCGGGCCGAAAAAGACAAUGACAUGAUAUAUCUGUUGCCUGUUCCACCAAAGGCAGAACUCAAGAUACUGGAUAGAGCAAAUAUGGUAGUAGCAAGGGUUCCAAAGGAGAUUGCAGAGUCCAACUCAAUGCUAGGGGAGCAUGGCGAGCUUGGUCCAGCACUCUUUUCCAAACUAGUACCAUACUCAGUGCACCUGGCAGCGAGCAUCUAUGUUGAUCGCUGCGAUCGAUUGGUCAACGGCCAGAUUGUUGAGCAGCUGGAAGCAUUGACAGACAAGAUUCACGAGGUCCUCCGUAGCUUGAACCUGCCAGGAUCGCUUCAAGCCCUCGAGAAGCCAUUGGGCCUGCCGCCAGGUCUGGUCGCCCACGCUGAUGAGAUACGCCAACAGGAUGGCAUCAACCGGCUCCUACGCUCCAUGGAAGACACCAAGAAACUCAUGUAUACCGACCAAGCCAUCUACCAGGAAGGUGUUGAUAUCCUGCGCUCAGAAGCUGCAGAGGAUGAAGGCGCACGUCGAAAAUUUGGUACUGAGCAGUGGACCCGACCACCUGCCGCGCAAGCUGCGCCCAAACUACACGCCCAGAUUACUGAAAUUGAUGGCUAUUUCAAGGCUGCAACAAACAGCGACAACAUUGUAAAGACGAAGCUCAAGGAAAAUGAAUAUUUCAUCAAGCUACUCAGUGGACCCGACCAUGAACUGGAGAAUUAUGUGCCCAGUGGUCGGAGACCUGCGAUCACUGGCGAUGUAGAACGUGAGGCCGUCAAGUUACGGGGCAGCUUCAAUGAAGUGAGCCGACUUGAGAGCAGACGGCGACGAAAGAUUGAGGCUUUGAGGACCAAGGCGAAACAGGAUGACAUAAACCCAGAGCUGCUGCGCGAAGCCGCUCGCUUAGAGCGGGAGUAUCCUAUGCAGACGAUUGAGGCUGUACAGUUUGAGAGUUUGUUCGAUAAGCGACUACAGAUGUAUGAUGCUGAUCUGGACAUGGUCCAAGAAGAAGAGAAGGAACAGGCCGAGGCAAUCAAACGGCUACAGGACGCAAACGCUGCCUUUUUGAUCGCUCGUCGCGGAGACCAGUCUACUAAGAAACGUGAACAGGCAUUGCAAAACCUGGAGAACGCAUACUUCAAGUACAAAGAGAUCAUCUCCAAUCUUGAUGUUGGGCGCAAGUUCUACAACGACCUUGCCAAGAUUGUGAAUCGGUUCAGGGAUGAAGCGCGGACUUUUGCCUACAACCGCAAGUCCGAAGCAUCCCAUCUGGAAAGCGAUCUUACUACGCGGAUGAGCUCCCUUGGUCUUCAGCAAGCAGCGUCGAACUCGCUGCAGCAACAGAAGCAAGCCGACGCACAGGAUCCCCACUAUGGCGCAAGUGCACAUGCUGAAGAGCCACUGACUGCACCAACGCCUACGAGAGCAAGCAUGCCUCCUGCUGCGGGUAUGUGGACUCCAGAAGUAGGAAUACGAUUUGGUGGCCCCCCUACAGCGUCUGGUAAUCCUCGGCCUUCGGGCGGACCUCCGCAAGACGGGAGGUGGGAUCCUGCCCAAGGACUGAAAUUUGGUUAA